AUGGUGGUUCAUCACCAUUCGCGUCUUUCACGGGAUUCACUCCAUUUGCAACAAAACAACGCAGAUCUGGUGGCAAAAGAAGUCCAUGUCAACACAAAACCUUGUGUGGAAGAUCGUGCAAAAGCAGGACCUAGCGUUGCGUCAACAGGCCAAGCUGCCUCUGCCGAGUCCUUGCAGCACCAGACUCAAUCACUGGAAAAUCUCCUUGCCAGGGCUAAUCCUCACAAGUUUGGCCGAAUAGCAGAAACCAUGGAAAGUGGUGCUGAAACUCCUGAACCAGGUCAUCAAACACCGGUUGCCGCUGAAACUGAAGAAAGUGACUCCGCAGCUAGCGCUGCUGGAUCACAUGCUGCCCUAUCUGUGUGCUCGUCACAGUCUUCAGUAGUUGAUGCUACUCCUCGUGACGGGGCCACUCCAUCUGCUCCUCAAGUGGAUCCGACAAAGAUGAGCAGUAAUGAGAAAGUCAAUUUUGCUGAUAUGAUGGUCGAUGCGCUUCAAACGUCUUCCGAACGAAGUUUGUUUGAGAAGCUUCGGGAGGUGUUUGGCACAGAAGGAUACUGGGAUUCCCAUGUGUUCUUAGAAGAUUCGCUAGAACACCUCAUCACGUCGUCGUCAAAUACGGAACCUGGCGAGGUAACAGCUCCAUCUACCUCGACAUCUGCCUCGCAAAAGAACAUCAAGAAAGACAAGACUACACUCAAGCAGAAAUUGGGAAAUUAUGCAGAUGUUCUUAAAGGCAUUAUGCAAACGAUGAUGGAUCCAAGUGGUAAUUCGCUAGAAGUUGAAGAACUACUCGAUGAGGAUGACUAUUAUGACGACGAGGAAGGUAAUGAAGAGGACAUUGAGGAUGACUUGAAUGCGCUCGGAGUUCCCGUUGACUCACUAGCAACAGUGCUCACGGGUCGAGGAGGUGAAGGAUUCAAAUUGAAUUGGAAACAGCUGAUGAGUGGUGGCUUGGAUUCGAGAAAUCGCGAUCAGCGUGGUGGUAAUAAGAAUAAUUUCCGCUCAUGGGACGACGAAUUGGUGUUGAAGUGUUCGUUCCAGGCGCUGAUUCCUGCCUUCGAUCCCAGACCUGGUCGCACGAAUGUGAAUCAGACUCAGGAUGUGGAACUCCCCGCUGUGGUUCCUGAUCCAACGCAGACAAAGCCAGUCAUUGUUGUAAGCUUAUGA